CCCUCUUCAACCUCUUCUCUCUUCUUCUCUUCUUCUUCCCUUCUCCUCCCCCCUCUCCUAAUACCUAAUCAAUUCCCUCUCUCUCCUAAGAGGUGUCUCUCAUUUUUCUUUAGGAUUAUUAUCAUUAGCCUUUUCCCUGUUUCCCUACCCUCCUCUCCACUCAUCCUAGCGCUACUCUCCCUUGCAGCCACCCGAAAUUUCUCUAGUUUGUCCCCAACUUGCAGCUGUAUGUUCUGCUUCGGCCGUCCCGCCGAUUCCCGAUCCUCCCGAUCUCCACCCCAACGUUGAUCUUCUCUCCCACUGACUCUUCCCCUUCUUUUUCCUUUUGGUCCCCUCCAGGAUAUGCGAGUCGAUCUCCUAAACUAGCUACUGGUUCGAUUGACGGCUGAAACGGUAUACGGUACACACCAUGGCUUGCUCUGCGCAAUCCAUGACCAUCGAGUCUUAUCCUGAGGCCAACACUUCCGCCUACGCAACCCCCUCCGAGGAAACCAGUUUACUACGAGACCGUCGGCGACGUCACUCUUUCCACACGGCUCGGAAGUUAUCCUUGGACUAUGACGCAGAUGCGGUGUUUCUGAGGGUCGAACUCUUUCUGACCGAGCUGGAGCGACGACUACUGUGGAUCGAGCAAUAUGGCAAAUCUCACAUGGACCAGAUCGAUGCCAGCCUUCGUCGCGGCUACGCUACAUUAGAGGCCGUCCGGGACUCCUGCUCUCACGCCUCAGGGGAGCUUAUGGGCAGCGGCAAGAAGAGCGCCAAGAUCCUGGUGGACACCCUGGAGGAUGGCUACAAGGACGCCCUGGCCACGAAGGAAACGUUGGAGCAGAAGGCUCAAGCCGGUGUCCGCCUGAUGGAGUCCUUCCUCGUCGAGCUCGAGUCUCGUGCUCACGCCGGAUGGGACCGCGGCUUGGACGGGGCGUUGGACGGUGCGUGGAAGGCGAUGGACUCGAGCCUGGUACAUGCUCGGGAGGUCGUCGAUGAGGGCAUGGAGCGGGCGCGUCGGGCCAAAGAAGCGAUGAAGGACAACAUCGACCGGGCGAUCCUGCUGGCCCAGGAGAAGCGGUUGAUUGGAUAUGCGGACCUGCCGCACCCAUGGCGGGUCAACCCCCACAUUCUUGAGGGGUAUCGGUUCACGCACUCGAAGGUGGAGUGCUUGACCUCCAUGUUCACCUUCUCGAACGAGCUUGUCAACAUCUGGUCGCAUCUGAUUGGGCUGUUCAUCGUCCUGUCUGUGGCCUUCUACUUCUACCCACUGAACCCCAACUUCCACCUGAGCACCAAGACCGACGUGCUGGUGGCGGCAGUCUUCUUCUUCGCGGCGUGCAAGUGUCUGGUGUGCAGCACGCUGUGGCACACGAUGAAUAGCAUUGCCAGUCAGACGCUGAUGGAGCGGUUCGCGUGUGUCGACUACACGGGCAUCUCGAUGCUGGUAGCAGCCUCGAUCGUGACGACCGAGUACACGGCCUUCUACUGCGAGCCGGUGUCGCGGUGGAUUUACAUCCUGCUGACGAUGUCUCUCGGUAUUGGUGGAGUGAUCCUGCCGUGGCACCCGACCUUCAACCGGGCGGACAUGGCAUGGGCGCGGGUGGCUUUCUAUGUCUCACUGGCUCUGACCGGGUUCGCGCCGCUGGCGCAGCUGACGUACACACGAGGCUUCUUCUGGUGCCUGUACUUCUACGCACCGGUGGUGAAGAGUGUCAUGGUGUAUUUCGUGGGCGCGUGCGUGUAUGCGUCGCAGGUGCCAGAGCGGUGGCGACCAGGCUUGUUCGACUAUGUGGGAGGCAGCCACAACAUCUGGCACUUCGCGGUGCUAGGCGGAAUUCUGUUCCACUACCUUGCCAUGCAGGAUCUGUUCGCGGGGGCGUUCAAGCGGGCUCAGGGAGAAUGCCCGAACAUGGUGAACUAGGCGGGGUGGAAUAGAGAUGGAUGUAUAGACUUGAGUAUUAGCUCUUUUUUUUUUUGACUUCUUUGUACAUAACUGGAGUUGUGGAUAUAUAAAAAGUCUCAUCG